UACAUAUCUGUCUCCUUCAUUGUAACCCACAUCUGCUCCCUUCAUAAUUUCUGCACUUUGGCAGCUAAGAAUUUCUUUUUUAUUUCUUCUUUUUUGUAAGUGCAAAAAAAUGAGGGGAGAAAGAAGCUCACCAUUAAAGCCCAAAAAUGGCGAGCUCCAAACGGGCCGUCUUCAAACCAUGGGAAGCCCAAAUCUACCGGGCGCCUACAUUCGGACCCUCGUCAAGCAAUUAUCCAGUUCGAAGGCCCGAAACCCACCACCGCCUCCAAAUUCGGGUCGAAUUUCCAUGGCCCGGGAAAAUCCAGGCCCGAGCUGCCAAAGCCCGGAAGACAAUCAGUCUCCAGACACGAAACGGGCGAGGAGAAGGGUCCAGACCCGGAAACUGAACCCGGUCGGGCCCAUUGACCUGGCCAAGGCCCGGAGAGAGGUCGUCACGGCCCUCAAAAUCCACAGGGCCCGUGAAAAGGGUCAAUCUGGGCCCGAACCGGAUACUAGCAAGGAAGCCAAGCUUGAAUCCGGGCAUAACGCGACGGAUUUUAACGGCGUUGGUGGAAUUAACGGCGCCGUUAAUUACUCUGCUGCCAAUUUCCCUUCCUAUUCGGGUUUUUAUUCCCCUUAUCAGCCGUGGCCCGUUUCUCAACUCGGGCCGCCGUGGUUUUUCAGUGGAAAUGACGAUUUUGCUCUUCCGGCCCAGGCCCUGGGCCUCAAUCUCAAUCUUCAGGAUUUCGGAGAUCUGGAGAUUCGCUCCGGCGCCGGGAGCUCGUCGGUUUCGUAUUCGGCGUCGCCGCCGUCUAUUUCCAACGCUUGUCCGGAUCCGCCGGCGGCGGAGGUGGAGGAGAUGAUGCCGAUUGAGGAUAGGCUGACCGAUUUGGAAAACAGAGGGCCCGACCGGGAUUUUUCGAGCUCGCCAUUUGAUGAAGCAGUUGUGGAGUUUCCGGCGUGGCUGAGUGCGGAUUGCGAUAGGUGUUUGCCGGAUUACAGUGAUUUUGGCGGCUCCGGCACCGGCGCGGGCUCUGGAGAUGCCGAUUUGCCGUGCAUGGACAUCGAGGAAAUUGAAGGAAUGGACGGGGACUGGUUAGACUGAUGAAGAAUAAAUGAUCAUCUUUUUUUUUUCUAAUGAUCAAAUAUAUGGUUUUCUUGCCAUAUAUAGCUCUCUAUAUAAUUUUAGGUUCAAAUUUCUAUUAUUUCUAUCAUAGUUUUGCAUUUCAAUGAAACAUGCCAAAUGCAUGAUAAUUCACG